GGACCCUGGAGUCUGCGCCCGACGCGGGGCGCCCUCGCGCGGGGCCGGCGGGGAGCGCGGGGUGGGUGUGCGGGCGGCGCGCCUCGCUCUCCAGCCGCAACCCGCGCCGAGCGCGCCCCGCAGCCCAGCGCCCGCGCCUCCAGCAUGGAGUGGGAACUCAACCUGCUGCUCUACCUGGCGCUGUUCUUCUUCCUGCUCUUCCUACUUUUCCUCCUCCUCUUCGUGGUCAUCAAGCAGCUGAAGAACUCUGUGGCCAGCACGGCCGGGGCGCUCCAGCCCGGGCGCCUCUCUCUGCACCGCGAGCCUUGGGGCUUCUCCCGCGAGCAGGCGGUGUGACCCGAGGUGCGGACACCGAGCCGCGCGGGCACGGGUCGGGUGUCCGCCUGGGUUCUCCGUCAGCGCGGCCGCCCAGUGCCCAGGUAGGAGGCUCCGCGGCUCUGGCCAGUCCGUUCAGGGGUGAGAGGGAGCAGCGGAGGGACGAGUGUCUCGGCUCUCGGGCACGCUCGGGUGCCAGGGUCGCCGGGUCCCUGGGAUCGGGGCUAGCGCUGGGCUGUUUGGGAGUUUUCCUGGGACUCUGAGAAAUGGAGGGAAGAGGGGGUCAGCCUUUGCAUCCAGAAUGGCUUUGAACACCUGCAAGCUCUUUUUUCCAGUCCAGAUGCAUUUUAGCCAAGGGGUAGGAAACGAAAUUAUUCAGCUAACUCGUUCCAGCCACUUCCAAACAAAAAUCAAAUGUCAAACCAAAUAUUCCCAUUUUUUGAGAAAGACUGUGGGCUUUGGGACGGUGGCAGGAGGACGGCAUACUUGAAAUGUUUCAGACCCGAGACGGUAAGUGGAGUUCUACUGGAGACGCGCAGGCGGAUGGGGAGAACUCAGUGGCCCACUGCGGGGAGAAAUCCUUGAUCCUUACUCCUAUUUGAAUAGCUACCAACCUCGUUAGUGCCUGCGGAUUGCCACACUGGGUGGGUUUAGAAUCUGGGGCAACGGAGGAUGAACGUUACACUGAGAGUUAUUUGCAAGACGCCUUUGGGUUGGUUGUAAGUGACCUUUUGGGUGAUAGUAUGAAGGGCCGGCGACAAGAGGUACCGGUUUGUACAGGAAAAAGAAGACGGGGGCGGAGGAGCGGUUCUGUGGUUGCAGGUUAAAUGAUUAGAGCAGCUUUUGCGGAAAGAUUGACCAGCAGGAGUAAACUCACUAGUGUGCCCUAACCGCCCUCCCAGCAAUGUUAGUUUGGGAAGUAACUUCAUCUUCCAGAUGCUUUUUCCUAGGUUUCUGUGGCCUCGCCUCCUGGAGCGAGCUGCUGUCCUUGGCGGGCGCGCAGAGGACCGCAGCUGCAGUGACAGCUUGGGAGCCCUGCAAGGAGAAGGCAGGGACAAUGGGAGAUGGAAGCUUUGGUAGGCAAAGAUGCAAAUGGGCACAGCUGUAGAUGCAGAACUGAUGCCAUCUGGUGUGAUUCUACAGAAUAAGAGAGAAAAUUUACCCAGAGUGUGCCAUGCACUGGCUUUUCUGGGAAUGACAAGGUGCCAGGAUUUGUUUUUGGUUCACUUGCAGGGGUGGAAACUUGGAACUAGGUUCCAGGAUGGUCCCUGUAGCUGCCUGCAAGAAGAAGGAGGAAACCCAGAGGGAAAAGAAGGCAUGCCAGUCUGAGUCUCUAUCCUUUUCAAGAGCUUUCUCAGUAGCCUGAAACCUUUUGUUUAUAUCUCAUUGGCCAGAACUGUGUCAUUGGCUACUGCUGUCUGCAAGAUUGCCUGAGAAACGUAGUUUAUGUAGCUAGAUAUAUAACUGCCUUCAACAAAAAUCUAUGUUCUCUUCAUAUGAACAAGAUGGUUGUGGAUCUUGGGUGGACAACUAGUAGUUUAUCCCCUAGUUAUAAAGCACAGUUGUAAAGGGAUGUAA